CUGUACUGACAGUUCGAGUAAUUGCAAUUAGAUUUUUGUUGUCACUCUUGUCAUUUUUUUUUGUCUGCAACAAACCGAACCGAACAACAAAACGGAAUAUUUUUCCAUUGAUUUGCGUAUUAAUUAAAACACCAGCACCACAAUGGCAGAGGAAAAUGAAAAUCCAACUGAGAAAUUAGAAGAAACCGCCGAAACUUCUAGUAAACCGGAGGAGAAAAUGUUCACUUUAAAGAAAUGGAAUGCAGUUGCUAUGUGGAGUUGGGAUGUUGAGUGUGAUAUUUGUGCUAUUUGCAGAGUUCAAGUCAUGGACGCUUGCUUACGUUGCCAAGCCGAAAACAAACGUGAAGUACUUGGCCGUCAAGAUUGUGUUGUUGUUUGGGGCGAAUGCAAUCACUCCUUCCAUCAUUGCUGCAUGUCAUUGUGGGUUAAACAAAACAACCGCUGCCCAUUGUGCCAACAAGAAUGGUCCAUUCAACGAAUGGGCAAAUGAGUGUCACUUAAAAUAAAACAAACACUAAAACUAAACCAAUCACUCUUGCAGCAUGAUCUCAACAAAUCCGUUACAGAAAUGUUGCACAUGCGCUUAUCCCGCCAUGUCUUCAAUAAAAUAUAUUAAAAAAUUAUAAUAAAUCUUAUAAUAAUAAAUUAAAGAAUUAAUAGCAAGUUAAAUUUAUAUACAAAAUAAAAACAACUAAAAUAAAAUCUCAGCCAACUCAAACAAUUCAAAACAGCAAUAAAAAUAAUUAAGUUGCAUCACCAGAGAAAAGUUAGAAUUUAAGAUGAAAUUAAAUGUUAUGGCCGCUAGUGAAUUGCAGUUUUUUUUUCUAAUUUAUUUUAUUUUGUUUAUAAAUGAUAUCUACAGUUUAUUGCAUUUUGAUUUUCUUUAAUUUUAACAAAGCAGAAUAACAUCCAUUGAAUAAAGUAUAUGAUUAUGGUGCAACCUUAAAAUUAUGUGACAACUUGUA